CCUGGAACUUUGGCUCCCGCCCACAACACUCGACGUAGCUCUUGACAAGGCAAACAAAGCACAAGACUCUCUCUCUCCAGUGCCCCCUCUCUUUCUCUCCUUCUAAUCAUUCUUGGGGUCUCCAGGUCCCCUGUAGUUCCCGAGCACGAACAUGGCCUGGGUCUCUCAGGUCUUCGCCGCAUAAGACAGCAACCUUCGCUUCGAGUACAGCCAAAUGCAGGCACCGGCACUGCAUCCAAUUCACGUGCAGCAUCCUUGAACCUAUCACUCCCUCCCUCUCGCCGACCGUCGUCAACGUUGCCUUCUGGGCCUACUUCACCCGGUGCAUUCAAUUUCAGCGAAGACCUGACACGCUUUCCCUCCGAAUCGCUCCAUUCUUUCUCCUUCGCCCACCAAUCCGAAGAGUCCAUAUAUAGCCGACAGAACGUGCUAAAGAGAAGCAUAGAUUUCAUGCGAGACAAGGGUUGGGCCGCCAACAAUCCAGCCAUCUUGCAAGCUCAGGCGAAGCUCACGGGCGACACAGAAAUUCAGAGUAUGAUGGAAUUGUUGCAAAGAGCGAAUCUCAUAGGUCAAGAUGCGUCAAAUGCAGCUGCGCUCGGAGCUCUUGGUCCCAUCACUGGUCCAGCCAUUGCGAGUGGAGAGAACAUAUUCGAAAAGAGUUUUUUCCGAUCUGAAAGUCCGACUGACAUCAGAGAGGGGCAAUCGUCUGACGAAACUUCCCGUACAGUGUCCGGUGGAAGCUCUUCACAAAUGCAAGAGCCAAGUAGUGCUACCGUUAUGGACCAAGACCUCAUCAGCCCUACAGCAGACCCUCACACUUUCAGGUUUACAGCGUCACCGGAAUCACAUAGAUCCUCGGGUCGUGGUCCACGAGCCUCCUUGAAGCGAACCUACACUGAUAUUGGGCCCCUUACUCUACAAACAAAACUCAAUGACGCACUCGCACAACCAUACAUUGUUGGGGAGGACCCGAAACUCGACCAGAUCAUACAACCAAGCGCCCUCAUCACAUCUCCUCAGCCAAUGUCAGCUAUAGCUCCACCAUCAGGACACCCAGCACCACAUGGUCACGGCAACCGGUGGUCGCCAGCGGCACAAGCUAUCUUCACAACAGACGCAAAAUACCCUUGGACCAUUACUUCGGCAAACGAUCUCGCAUGUUUGGUAUUUGGAGUGACAAGAGCAGAGGUGCGGAAACUCGGUAUACUAGAAGUGGUACGAGAAGAACGUCGGAAAUGGCUAGAAGAGAAGCUUAAAGACCCUGACUUGGGCUCCACGAAACGUGACAUACCAGUACAUCCAAACCACCCACCUCCUGUCGCCAGUCUCGCGAUGGGCAAUGGUGUCACUGCUCGCCUUUUGAAGAAACCGCCGUCCAGAAUCUCGAAAGCCCGAUCGCAGACAGACGAUGGGGCUGGAUCCUCAUAUAGCCGUGCCACCACCACCAAGGCCAACCCAAACCACACGGCUCACAAAAGUCGGGGCGUCAUCCUAUGUGGAGAUGUCGUACCGAUUCAGAAACGCAACGGGGCAGUUGGCUCUGCCAGCUUGUGGGUCAAAGAGAAGCGUGGUGGACUGAUUUGGGUUCUAGAAGAGAUUGCAGAAGAUGUCGUCGAACUGACUGUCGAUGAGGUUGGCUGCGUGGUGAAGAGUUCUGGUGCAACAGGAGCAAUAUGGGGUGGUGAUCGCAUCCGACGAGGCAUGGAUGUCCAGAGGUUAAUACCAGGAAUUCCAAAACGGGCAGGCACGAAUACGGGCGCACUUGACUACGAUAAAAUCAACGAGUUGCGCAACUUCACCGCACAUACAUCCAACAGCAUCAACAUCCCAAUCUGCGUGGAGCCGAUGCUCAACGAGCCGACGUUUCGCGUCUCCAGCUUCCCGCACAUUGCAGGCAUCGUGGUCCUCCGUGCAGCGUCUCUCGAAGUCGCAAGCUCAAAUACUGUUUUCCUUUCGGCACUCUUCGGUCAGGCGAAACCAGAGGGCUUGCACGUUAACCAGCUCAUUCCCUCGUUCGAUCGCAUCCUCGGUGUCAUGACUGACGAGGACAAUGUUGACCUGGUUGACGGCAUUGUGAUUCCGGAACACAGCUUCAGACGUGCAAGGGCGCUGUUGGCGAUGCGCGAAGGCAAAACAGAUGCGGCGGCCUCUUUAUUUCUGAAGCCUAGUGGGUUGCCUGCGCUGCACCGUGAUGGCUCGGAAAUCAUGGUGGACGUACAGAUGCGCGUAGUCAAAAGCGACAAGUCGCCGACAAAGUCUAGCUCAAACACGCUCGAUGAAAGGCAUGAAGAGGAUGAAGAGAGUGUACAAAGCAAGCCCUCGGACAUUGUAUAUGCGUUGUGGGUGACAUAUUCGCGCCACCUGCACGCUACAAAUCACGGGGUCGGCCCCGUCACGCAGCCGAUGUCUCGGCCAGGCACACCACCCCGUCAGCCAUCACCAGGCCAGUCAGUCAUUCCUGCACCAGCCCCAGAGGCCGAUGACUCCGACGACGCCGAUACAAAAGCCUUGCCACUACCAAUCUCAAUCUUGUCACAACAACUGAAAGAAGCCCAAUCUGAUUCUGUACCAAACAUGCCAGACAUUGCCGCACUCGGCGCCGCAUCAGAGAAAACCACACUGGCGGCCGCUGCGCCGCCAAGGAAGAAGAGUAUCAACGAUUUCGCAAUAAUAGAAGAGAUGGGACAGGGCGCGUAUGGCCAAGUCAAGCUUUGUCGAUACAAGGGAAACUCCAAGAAGGCCGUCAUCAAGUACGUGACUAAGCGACGCAUCCUUGUCGAUACGUGGACCCGAGAUCGCAGACUGGGAACGGUUCCGCUGGAGAUCCACGUCCUCGACUACCUACGACGAGACGGCUUCAAGCACCCAAACAUUGUCGAGAUGGCCGACUUCUUUGAGGAUGAUGUCAACUAUUACAUCGAAAUGGUGCCACAUGGGCUGCCCGGCAUGGAUCUCUUCGACUACAUAGAGCUGAGAGUGAAUAUGGAGGAACUGGAAUGCCGCAACAUCUUCAUCCAGGUCGCCGAAGCCAUACAUCAUCUCCAUACCAGAGCAAAGGUUGUGCAUCGUGACAUCAAGGACGAGAAUGUCAUUCUCGAUGGCGAAGGCAACAUCAAGCUCAUCGACUUUGGAAGCGCAGCAUAUAUCAAGAAUGGACCCUUUGACGUCUUUGUCGGGACCAUAGAUUACGCUGCGCCAGAAGUCCUUGCCGGUAAAUCUUACCGAGGCAAAGAGCAAGAUGUGUGGGCCCUCGGCAUUCUCUUAUACACCAUCGUCUACAAGGAAAACCCAUUCUAUAGCAUCGACGAGAUCAUGGAUCACGAUCUGCGCGUUCCGUACGUGAUGAGCAACGAGAGCAUCGACCUCAUCCGCAAGAUGCUGAACCGCGACGUCGACAAUCGCAUCACCAUUGGCCAGGUGCUAGAACAUCCGUGGUGCCACAUGCAGAUUGAGAAAUAGACCACGCAACGCAACGCACCGCACCGUAUACACAGAGGCAAGCGGCUUCACUAUGCCUGAUGCUGUGAAGCGCAGCUGAAUUGUUCAAGAGGGCAAAUAUCAUGCCUCGCCACGACCGACUUACCAUCUCAUUACAUCAGUGUGUAAUCCUCGGACACUUUUUUUUUCUUCUUUCGAAACCUCGGCAGAUAUCUUGUUUCCGUAAUAGGCUUUGGCGCAAAUCACGCAUUCCCAGUU